AUGGAUGAGGAGGAUGCCGAGAUGGAGGACGGUCGCAACAAGCCUUUCAACGAUGGCGCCUUCUCCGAGGUCGACUCGAACGGUCGCAAGGCGAGGAAGACCGGGCUGUCCCCGAACAACGUCGCCUUUGGGCAGCCACCAUCCAUACCGCCAGGGUACCCGGGAGCCUACCCGUAUCCGUACCCUUACUACCAGCCCCACCCGCUCGCACCCUCCCACCACCAUCACCCUUACCCGCCGCCUCGAUCCCGCUCGCGUUCUACCGAUGGUCGACGAGCGCAGUCACUCGAUUCUCGACCAACAAGUGCGGAACGAGCGCCGGCUGGAGGAGCACCACCUCGACCCGGGCCCUACGGGUAUCCUCUGCCUCCUCCGCCGGGGUAUCAUCCGGCGAACCCCGGACUCCACGCAACCACUCCGCCCGAAGGCUACUACCCGCCCUAUGGCUAUCCUCCGCCACCAGGUUUUGUUGGCCAGCACCCGAUGCCUCCUGGUUACUACCCUCCGCCUCUCUUUGGUGCUCACUCUCACGCUCAGGCUCAUGUGCAAGCACAAGCCCAGGCGUCACACGCUCACUCGCAGGCUCAGUUGCAGCAGCCAGCUAUCGCGCAUGCUCAAUCGAACUCUCGAUCACGAUCUCCCGUGACCGCACCGACUUCGGAAAGUGGCAUGAUCGGAGGCGGCAAUCCGGCAUCUAGGUCUGCGUCAGCGGGAUUAACGGCAUCACCCCCUCACCCUUCUGCACCCAACUCUGCUUUGUAUCCUGGUCCCGGUCAGCUGCCUCAAGGCUACAGCCAUUCCCCCCUCGGAGCUACAAAUCCAGUUCCUCGACCGCAGUUAAACGGACCCGAUGGACGUUUAACCCUCGCGCCAUUGGUCUCGAACGGCAAUCGAUCCCCUCGAGUUUCUGAUGAUCAUGCGACGAUGGCCUCGGACCAGAAUGGACAGACGGAGAGAAUUCACCUGCCUUCCUUUACGGCCAUCUCGGCUAGCACCGCUCCAAUGAUGCCCUCCGUCUUCGCACCGCAAAACCCACGACACCGGCGAGCAACGUCCGUGUCGAGUACUUCUGCCGCAAGCGUCGUCUCCACUGGCUCGGCCGAGGAGGGGGUUCGUUCGCCCGAGACGCACGCGAUGAGGACUUUGGCCGCGCCACCUCCUCGGGCUCAAGCGGGUUCGGGUCUCGCUGCGGGACGGGUCGAUGUCCCUGGCUCACCGCACGAUGAACGCCGAGGUCGACCUGAAAAACGGGAUGGCGCUACCAACAACGCUUUCUCUUCUUUUAAAGGCAAAGGGCGCGAAGGAGCCGAGGACCUCUCCGAGAUUGAUGAGUUGGAAGGUGAUACGGCCGACGACGACGAUGCGUUCUCGAACGGGGACGGGCGAAGGUCCAUGAUGAAUGUCGAAGCUUCGUUGGGGGAUCUGCGAGUCGAUCGACAUCGAAGACCGCACGGAGGGGUGUAUGACGGGUCCGCUUCGCCACUUUCGUCGAAUCAGAAUGACGAUAGUUCGAGGAGUCGGUCGUCGGGUCGUGGGACGUCAAGGGAAGGAAGGGGUCGUUCGAGAGGACAAUACGGAGGAGGGACCGCGGGACGAUCGGCAAGUUCUUCGGUCUCGAGACCUAAGACUGCUAGACAAGGGUCGGCGUCGUCGUCCAUGUCGAGGAGUGCAGGAUCGAGCCUUUCUGCCGAGGCGCAAAUCCGGAGGUUGAAGACCAAGGUUGCGGAAUUAACGUUCCUCAAUGGGUUGAUGGUCUCGAGGUUAUCCCAAUUGGAAGGACCUGGUCGAGUACCCUUGACUCAAUCGGGAACGAUGACCAGUCUUUCAGCCGAGACGCCAAGACCGAGCGAUGAUUAUUCUGAACACGAGCAGGACGAAGAAGCGUUCAGGGAUGAUCCUAGUGAAGGGGGAGGGGAUGAGGAGAUGUAUGGCGAUGAGGCUCUGAGGGAGGAUGAGGAGUUGGAGAGGUAUGGCGUCAGUGUGUCGAGUCAGGAUCCGGCGAUGAGGCAGCAGUUGUUGGCUUUUGUGAAGGCUCAGAGAGCGCAGGGGAUUCCGGGGAUGAGCGUGAGGGCGGAGAGCUAG